GAGAUAAGGCGGUUCCUGUAUUUCGGAGUAAUUCAAUUUGACAAACGCAGCUGCAUCCUUUUUUCUUGUUGUCUUGUUCGUUUGCUUGUUUGUUUUCGUAUUGUCGCCCCCCACUCGACGGCGCCACUGGGCAUUGGGAAGGCAGAGGCAGCGACAGCGACUACUGCUAGCUUCAUUGCUGGCUUGCUCUCUCUCUGGCUUUUGCUCUGGCUGUUUGGCUGACUGCCUCGCUGUGGACAGAACGAAAGACAGGCGGCAACUAAAAGCGGCGGUCGCAAGCGAAAUUGUUUAAUAUUAUAAAAAUACAAAUACAGGCGACGCGCGAGAAAUUGGGAUAAUUUGUAUUGAACUAGCAAAUACUAUCCGCAGAUUAUCCGGGCUAUCCAGGCGGACGCUUAGUAAGAAGAUCAAAUAAGAUAAUCAGAUCGUCACAAUGUCGAACGGCAAAGCGACAGCAUCGUUCUUUGAGAAUGGCAGCACCACACAGUUUGAAUACUGUUAUAAACUAUAUCCGGAGGUGCUCAAAAUGAAGGCGGAGAAGAGGAGCAAGAAGCCACAGGAGCUAAUCCGUUUGGAUCAAUGGUUUCAGAACGAAUUGCCUGGAUUGAUCAAGGCCCGAGGGAAGGAUGCACACUUGGUCUACGAUGAAUUGGUGCAGGCAAUGAAAUGGAAACAAUCGCGUGGCAAAUUCUAUCCACAGCUAUCGUAUCUGGUUAAGGUCAAUACACCACGUGCCGUCAUCCAGGAGACUAAAAAGGCCUUUCGCAAGCUACCAAAUUUGGAGCAAGCGAUUACAGCAUUAUCAAAUUUGAAGGGUGUGGGAACAACGAUGGCAUCCGCCCUAUUGACCGCUGCCGCUCCAGAUUCAGCCCCCUUUAUGGCCGAUGAGUGCCUGAUGGCCAUACCAGAGAUCGAGGGCAUUGAUUACACGACCAAGGAAUACCUCAAUUUUGUCCAACACAUUCAAUCAACGGUCGAGCGUCUCAAUGCCGAAGUUGGCGGUGAGACGCCGCAUUGGUCGCCGCAUCGUGUGGAGUUGGCAUUGUGGUCACACUAUGUGGCCAACGACCUCAGUCCCGAGCUAUUGGAUGACAUGCCCCCGCCCGGAGUUGUUGCCAAUAAUGCAAAUACAACAAAUACAACAAAUGGCAGCCUAUCUCUCAGUUUGAGCAGCAAGAGUAAAGUUAUUGAUAACGAUGAUACCAACGAUGGCGUCGCUGUCGAUGUCGAUGACGAGAGUCUGGGAGCAGGUGGACGCAACACGGCUACAGAAUCGGAGACGGAGAAUGAGAAUACUAAUCCCAUUGCCUUGUUGCCGCUAAAUUCGGACUCGGCUCUGGCCAAGAUCAACAGCAACAGCAACAAUAGUAGCAACAACAACAACAACACUGCCGCUUUGCAGGAUGGCGAUUCGAAUUUUGUAUCGAAUGAUUCAACCUCACAGGAGGAGCCGAUUAUUGAUGAUAAUACCACACAGACCACGGCAACAACCACAUCGACAGAGGAUGGCGAACCAAUUGGCGGUGGCUCCGAUUCGGAAAGUAAUCUCGAGGCGCCCACACACAACAACAACAAGUUGAACAACAAUGGACAGAAAACAGCUGGAGGAGCAGCAGGAGGAGCAACAGCUGCAACAGCAACAGGAACAACAGCAACAGUUGUUGCCGCAGCAGCAGCAGCCAACGGCAAUGGAAAUACCGCCGGCAAUGGAGUUUUAACGUUGGAGACAGCGGCGUCGGCGUCGCUGCCAGCGCAUCCAGAUGAUGAAGAUGACGAUGAGGAUGAAGAUGAUGAGGAUGAGGAUGAAGAGGAGGACGACGAUGACGAUGAGGAUGUGGAUGAUGAGCUAGAGGCUGAUGAGAGCAACAGCAGCAGCAACAUACGCAGCAACAAUAAGCUGCAACAAUUGCAGACAGUAGUGGCAGCGACAGCGCCAUCUAUUGGGCAGAAGCGUACAGCGCUGCAUUGCGAGAUGGAGGCGGCAGCAAUUCCAGCAGCAGCAGCAGACAAAUCGUCGCCGGAGCUUAAGAAACUCCGCAGCGACUGAGCUGCAACUGAGCAGCUGGCGUUGCCGUCGCAGUCGCCGUCGUGCGUAACUGGUGGAAAGACAUUUGUAUGUAGUGCAGUUCGAGUCGACAUUGAGAGCAGACAUUACCUACACACUUUGCCACAACAACAUUCAAGAAAUUUUACUAUUAAGCAAAAAACAAAAACAAAACAAAAAAAACAACUAAUUAUACAUAUAAUAUAUAAUAUAUAUAUACAAAACAUAUAACGAGAAGCAACACACACACACACACUCACAACAAGAAGAACAUAAGCAAAUAGCAAGGAGUUAAAGAAGAAGCAUCACAGCAAUUGCACACAAACACACACACAUACCCACACACCCACACAACAUACUAGCAUAACGUAACGUAAGCAUAACAGAAGAAGAAGAAACGCAUAACGGAGCCACAGCAAAACCAUUUCACGUAACACACACACGCAGCAGCAGCAAACAAAAACAUAGUGCGAGCGCGAUAUUGAGGAUAAACAUUGAUGGAUGGAUGAACGAGAUUGAUAAUGUGUGCGAAAAGAAGAAAAAUAGCCAUAUAAAAAAGUCAACAACAGUUUAAAGCAGCGAUAAAACAUAAAUUAGAUGGAGAAACAUGAAAAAAUUAGUAACGAAAUGCAAAUACAUAGUAACUAUUAAAUCAGAACAAAAAUUGAUAUUUUUACACAGUCAAAUGAAACAAAAACGAAAGAAAAAGAAAAACAAAGUCAACAUUUAAAUAUAAAAAAUUUACAAAUGCCGCAGUUGCCCACUACAUACAAGAAACGGAUGAAAAAAACAAUAAUUAUAAUAAAAAACGUAAUUUAUAUAAGUAUUUAAAUUUAACAAUAAAUCAAAACUUGUCGCAUCAAAUUCAGAGAUCAUCGCCCCCCACCCCGAACUUUUCGAUUAAUCGGUAUACGCGCUCUCUUUAUCUUUCUCACCACCACAACAACAACAACACCACCACAUCCCCUUCCUCACACAUUUACGCACACCCAUGGAGCAUUCGACGCCGCCGUCGACGUCGACUAAAGCAAAAUACAAAAACAA